UUUGAUUCUGUUUUAUUCUGCCAAUUGGUUGAGGUUAAUGCACAUUCUUUAUUCAGUAAAUGGUUCUCUGAAAGUGGUAAAUUGGUUGCGAAACUUUUUCAAAAAAUCCAAGAGAUGGUAGAGGAAGAUAACAGCCUGGUAUUUGUUUUGAUUGAUGAAGUUGAAAGCUUAGCUGCUGCUCGAAAUGAUGCUUUGUCUGGAUCCGAACCUUCUGACUCGAUUAGGGUUGUGAAUGCUUUACUCACUCGGAUGGAUAAAUUAAAAUCCUCGCCUAACGUCAUCUUCCUAACAACUUCAAAUAUUACAGCUGCAAUAGAUAUUGCGUUUGUCGAUAGGGAAGAUAUUAAGGCCUAUGUGGGUCCUCCAACCCUUCAAGCAAGGUAUGAAAUACUAAGGUCGUGCAUCCAGGAACUGAUUCGAACUAAAAUUUUGACAGAUCAACAUGAACCACUCAUUCUUCCAAGUUUUGCAAGUUUAAGAGAGAAGCUGAAUGCACCCAGCAUACACGAGAGUCUGGGUCCACUUGAAUUGGCUAAGCAAUUGCUGGAAGCCUCAGAAAUUUGUGAGGGAUUAAGUGGAAGAGCAUUAAGAAAACUUCCUUUCUUAACUCAUGCCUCUCUUACAAACCCUAAAAAUUGUGAACCUAGCAAGUUCUUGCAAACAUUAAUUGAGACUGCCAGGAGGGAGUUGUCUGAGCUAUGUAGUUGAUCUUAUCAGCU